ACAAUAAAGUUAGCGCACAAAGACAUUAUAUACAAAUAGCGUCAACGCAAAAAGACAAAACAAACAAUAACGUCAGCGCACAAAGACAUAAUUACAAUAAAGUCAGCGCACAAAGACAUUAUACAUGUAUACAAUAGCGUCAGCGCACAAAGACAUUAUUUACAAUAGCGUCAGCGCACAAAGACAUACUAUACAAUAGCAUCAACGUAAAAAGACAUAAUAUACAAUAGCGUCAGCGCACAAAGACAUAAUAUACAAUAGCGUCAGCGCACAAAGACAUAAUAUACUAUAGCAUCAACGCAAAAAGACAUAAUAUACAAUAGCGUCAACGCAAAAAGACAUAAUAUACAAUAGCGUCAACGCACAAAGACAUAAUAUACAAUAGCGUUAGCGCACAAAGACAUAAUAUACAAAUAGCGUCAACGCAAAAAGACAAAAUAAACAAUAACGUCAGCGCACAAAGACAUAAUAUACAAUAAACUCAGCGCACAAAGACAUAAUAUACAAUGCUGUCAGCGCACAAAGAUAUAAUUACAAUAGCAUCAGUGCACAAAGACAUAAUUACAAUAGCGUCAACGCACGAUGACAUUAUAUACCACAGCGUCAGCGCAUAGAGACAUAACAUAUAAUAGCGUCAAAGCACAAAGACAUGAUAUAUAAAAGCGUCAAUGCACAAAGACAUAAUAUACAAUAGCAUCAACGCAAAAAGACAUAAUAUACAAAAGAGUCAGCGCACAAAGACAUAAUAUACAAUAGCAUCAACGCAGAAAGACAUAAUAUACAAUAGCGUCAGCGCACAAAGACAUAAUAUACAAUAGCGUCAGCGCACAAAGACAUAAUAUACAAUAGCAUCAACGCAAAAAGAUAUAAUUACAAUAGCGUCAGUGCACAAAGACAUAAUUACAAUAGCUUCACGCACGAUGGCAUUAUAUACCACAGCGUCAGCGCACAGAGACAUAAUAUAUAAUAGCGUCAAAGCACAAAGACAUGAUAUACAAAAGCGUCAAUGCACAAAGACAUAAUAUACAAUAGCGUCAACGCAAAAGAUAUAAUUACAAUAGCGUCAGUGCACAAAGACAUAAUUACAAUAGCUUCACGUACGAUGACAUUAUAUACCAUGGCGUCAGCGCACAGAGACAUAAUAUAUAAUAGCGUCAAAGCACAAAGACAUGAUAUACAAAAGCGUCAAUGCACAAAGACAUUAUAUACAAUAGCGUCAGCGCACAAAGACAUAAUAUACAAUAGUGUCAACACACAAAGACAUAAUUCGAAUGUAACGUCUAAAAUACUAAAAGAAUUCUUUAAUUACUAUAAACAAUGCUAUUAUACACGGAAUAUGCUUUUUCGUAUAAUGCACGAGAGAUGGUGCUACCACAUAUGGCUUAAUGGAAAUAUUUACGUGCUGGUGCUUAUUUUUAUUUUUUUAAAUUAUAUAUUUGAAUGCUCUGUAACAUUAAAAUACUAGAUUGUAUUACAGAAACAUUCUUUAUGCUUCUUAGUCAUCAAAUAUCGAUUCAGAUUACUUUCUAGUCAUAUCUUUAUGACGUCAAUGUCGUAAAUUGCACGCAAACGUGGUGAUGGUGUAGGAUGUGCGGGCAGAAAUAUAAACCAUAGGUCUAGUAUACAUCUAGUGGACUGCUUGUGACAACCGUAAUGACUUGAUGGCAUUACACUUUCAGCUAUUAUUACAAAGUAUUAAUUUACAUUUAAUAUUGACUCAAUGGAAACUCCCUCAAAUGUCCUAGCGAUGAGGAGAACACAGAGACAGUUCAAGUCAUUGUAUGAAGCAUUCAAAUGGUAAACAAAUGGUUGAACCGUGGGAAUAGUUUUUUGAACGUUCUCAUAACCAUAACUGUUUUGUUUGCUGAAACUGUGUUUACAAAACUUCAAUUCGAUUGUCUCCGAGACAAAAUGGUGCUCAAUGUGCAUAGUUAUUGAAGGAAUGUUAUUUGUGCAUUCGUUUACAGGGUAUCAGUAAAAAGUUCUUAAUAUUUUCUUUUGCUUUUUGUUUCUUUAAACAAAACUCUUUUCGUGUUUAGAGUAGUACAAAUUUUCCAGACGAUGGGGUAAAAAUUCUAAGGUUCAACAAGCUAUAGUCAUCCUGAUUCAACCCCAUGAUAAGUUAUUUUCAAAUACCUGAAUUAGAGAUCGAAACUAAUAUAUGUAAUUUAAAUAUAUUGUAACUGGUACAUUAGCUAUUAAAAUGUUCCAGAGCGGGUUAAUAUAGUCAAUAUUGGCGUUAAGGCUUAUGUCUUCAUUAAACAUGUUUCACUGGAACUACAGUAAACAGGAAAUUAAUCUCCGCAUGACCUAUAUAAAUGAAGGUAUAUAAAUGAACGAAAUAUAAUAUGUCCUUUCGUAGCAUUUGGUUGGGUCACAAAAGACAUUUACAUGUUAUUGGUCCGGUUAGUUAUUUUUUAUGAAGACAUCACCUUAAUACCUUAUUAUUGAUUGUGUUAACCUCGCUAUGUACCAUUUUAAUAGUUAAUGUACAGUACAAUUUCAAUAUAUUUAAAGAACAAAUAGAAGAGCAAAUUCAAAGACCCCAAUUGAAAAUCGGAACUUUCAGGGGGAUUGUUGAACCUUAACAUUUUUUACAAUUCAAAAGUGUUAUUUGUUAAUGACUUUCGUUUUCCUCGAGUCGUCGGGUGGCGGUUAUAUUCUUGGCGAGUCUUUGGGUAAUGUCACUUUCUAAUGGAUAUACUAUAGAUACUUUUUCUAUGUAAUUUGUAUCUUUCUUUUGUUCAUAUUUUGUCCUACUUUUAUCGAUUUCGAGUUUUAAUUAUGGUUUUGUUGAUACUUCGGUAUUCUCCUGUUAUUUGUUAUACAUUAUUUGUAUAUAUAUACCAGUAUCAUUGUGACGUCACAUAAAAAAACGAUAACGUUAUCAUUCCAUAGCAAAACACUUUUUUCCCAUUUUUUUCUAUUAGUAAAAUAUAAUUGCUUGUUGUCAAAAUGAGCUAGUUUAAGUUAUUGUUGACACAAACAGAUUGUUUUCAUAAAUAUUAUGGACAAUUCCAUACAUUUCCUUGAGGAUGGUUAUUGCUAAAAAUCAUUAUAUAAAAUGUCAGUUGAUUUAUAGAAAAGAACAGUUAUUUGUUUUAAAUCAAUAUUUGAAAAAAGAUUUACUUUAACAUUCCAUUAUCUUUAAAUCCAUCAAUUGUAACCAAUUGCAAUGUCACUGCCCAUAUUACGUCAUAUAUUGACACGUGUAGCUAACCGUAUAUCCCACCAUGAACAAACAAUGAAGUAACAUUUGUGGACUGUGUUAUAUACCGUGAUUUAGCAUCAGUUACUUAGUUGUUGUGAGAAAAAAAUACUUUAUACAUAGGAUGAAAAACCUAUUGUAAAAUCAGGAAAUUAUUUUGAAAUACAUUUAGUAAAAAUAAUAAAUUAGUAGUGAUAAGUCUUACAUUUGAAUGAAUAAUACGGCCUUAAAGGGGUAAUUGGGGAUUAUUUCUAAGGCUUUCCUGGAAUACUAGAAGAACUUUUGUCUUCAUUCAGCGAUCCCUCCGUAAAAUGAAAGGGCGGGUAAAAGAAGGAGAAAUAAGGGUUAACGUUGCACAGACUAUUUCUAAAACUCGGUGAAUGUUUUCCGACCUAAUUUGGCAUAGCUUGUUAGGUUAGGGACAGAACGGUAGGACAAAAUAAAAAUAAAUAAGAGCUUAUGUCUAUAAAAGCCUACCAUUUAUGACCAGUUUAAUGAACUCUUAAUCCCAUUUAGCAUGACAUGUAGGCUCAAUAGCGGAAAUUUAGGUUUAUAUUUACAGACUACUUCUAAGCUAUAGCGGUAGGAAUUUUCACGUAAUUUGGUUUUGGCAAUAACUGGAUUAGGGGGAAAAUAUAUAAAUGAAGACUUUUACUGAAUGGAGACAGUGGUGAAGAGUCUCAAAAUAGAAAACUGCCUUUAGAAAAUAACGUUGUGGGUUCUAGGAUGUUAGUAUUAAUAAACGUUUGUACGCUCCAACUUUCAGUUUUAAUCAGUGAAAGUAAAACAUAAUCGGUGCUAAGAGCUCCAAAAUAGAUUUUGAGAAAAUCUACAGAGAAUCACCUCCUUGCGUUGACAUCCGAAUAGCUUAAUAUUAUAUCGUAUUUUUCAUAAUCAUGUCUGUUAAUGGCAUCUAGCAUGCACAAUAAUUCAGUGUCACGAGUUAAAUGGAAUUAAGUAAUCGCACCUGUUUAGUAAACAUACGUGAUAUGUUUUGUCACGUUAUUUCAGUGUUAAGCAGUGGAUAAACCCAUUUAAAAUAUCACGUUAUAGUGUGUGUAUAUGUACGUCUACUUACGUUAUGUGUGAACAUGGAAUCAGUUGAAACCAAAUAGGUUUAUGAAAAGCAGGUAGCAAAACCGCUUGCACAAAUUAGUUACGGGUGGAUAUUCAAAAAGCUGUUCCAGGUGUCUGUUGAAAUAACGGGCGUUCAUCAUGUCGAUAACGUGUUUAAGCAACUGAGGUUAAAUGCUGGCCAAAAGUGUCUUUGGUGACUCUGACCAAAGGUUAACCUCUUAAAAACCUCAGACAAUUUCAGAUAUGCAUUUUGACGAGUUGCUCCAACGUAUUGACGGUUUUGGACGCUACCAGAAGGUUCGUCUAUUUCUGAUAUGUUUGGUGGGAAUCCUAUGUGCGUUUCAUUCAAUGAACAUGGUUUUUGUUGGCGCAAAACCAGAAUAUGAAUGCACAAUCAACGACUCAAACAAAUUGAACAAAAUAUUUACAAAUGUCUCUUUGAAGAAAUGGAAAGAUUUUUUAAGGACGGGAGGGGAGGAAUGUUCGCUGUAUAGCCCUUCUCAGACUUACGAAUCUUUGGUCAAUGGAAACUUUAAACUUGAGGUAUCAAACGUCACAGGGCCUUUCAAUUUCACAACCGACCCAUGCACACAGUGGGAGUACUCAGAGAAAGUAUACGGACCAACCAUCGUGUCUGAGUUUAACCUUGUAUGCAGUCAAGCAUGGUUAAGAAGCACAUCAAAGACUCUCUACUUUUUAGGACGCCUUGUUGGGGCGGUAGUUUUUGGCCAAUUUUCUGAUAUAUUUGGAAGGAAACCUAUGUUCUUCUGCGGUCUAGUAUUACUGCUUAUAUCCGGGUGUGCGGCAGCCUUAGCACCAUCUAUGGUAGUGUUCAUACCAUUUUACAUUCUACAGGGAGCAGCACAAACGGGCCUCUUUCUAGUAGCGUACACUAUGUGCACUGAGUUGGUGGCCCCUCGGUACCGUUUGCUGGCCGGUCAGACGAUCUUGAGUUUCUACGCUGUCGGUUACAUGCUUCUCUCCUUGCUGGCCUACUUCAUCAGACACUGGCGCUAUAUCGAGAUGGUUAUCACGGUACCGGUGGUUCUGUUCGCCGCUUAUUGGUGCAUUCUCCCAGAGUCUGUACGAUGGCUUCUGUCGAAAAGUAGAAUGAAAGAAGCUAAUUCCAUCAUAAAGCAUGUUGCGAGAAUCAACAGUAUGGAGGUGACUGAUGCUAUGCUGGAAAAUAUAACUGAUCAGAAAGACCAUCUGGAAGUAAGCGAUGGCCGGAAGUACACCUUCGUGGAUUUGUUCCGACCUUUACCGAUGCUAUUUCUGUCUAUUAAUGUAUGGUUUAACUGGUUCGUCAAUUCUUUUGUGUAUUACGGUUUGUCGCUUGGCAUCGGAUCUAUUGGAGGGAGCCCCUAUGUUAACUUCAUGAUUGCAGGGGCUGUGGAGAUCCCCGGCAAUGUACUUUGCAUCAUGUUCCUUAAUAGACUGGGGCGUCGACUGCCCCUAAUGGGCGCAAUGACAAUGAGUGGAAUAGCAUGUGUCAUUUCCGGUUUCAUACCAAAUGAUUUGGUAACGGCCAAAGUCGCAUUUGCCUUGAUAGGGAAAUUUGGAAUAUCGAUAUCAUAUGGUAUCAUUUAUUUGAUGUCGGCCGAGGUGUUCCCUACAGUGGUCAGAAAUGCCGGUAUGGGCGUAUCCUCCAUGUGUGCUCGUAUCGGGGGUAUGCUGGCCCCACAAAUUCUGGAGUUGCAAAACGUAUGGGGUCCCUUGUCAAUGUUGCUUUUCGGAAGUAUGGCAGCGAUUGCAGGGUGCAUUGCUUUGUUUCUACCGGAAACCUCAGGGAGACAACUACCACAAACCAUCGAGGAAGCGUUGAGUAACAGAUCAAAGUCAGUGAGAAUGGAGACAGAAGAGGUCACAUCAGCGUCGACUGGAGUAUAGGAGGCACCCAAUCCAUCACCGGCAACAAUGUAUUUUACUAGCAGCACAAACAAUAUCAGCAAUUUAAAUAGUGCAAGAAGUUAUGAUUUUGAUACAUUGUAUUUGUAAUCCCACACUUAGCUUUAAGCGUAUGUGCCGAUAGAGAAUUUCAAAAUAACGCACGUUUCAGUUCGUUUUAAUUUUCAAAAAGAGCAAAUAAAGAUAUACGUACACAUCAUUGAUAAAAAGUCCAGAAUCACACAAAAUAAGGUUAAAUGUAAACGUAUAUGAUGCAUCACCAUUAAGUUCAAAAUCGGUUCUAAUGAUAAAGACACACCACAUUAGUCUUUCUUUCUUUCAAAGAGAGGGC